AACUCUGUUGGGUCGGGUGUUGGUGUCGGACGCAGUAGAUCAACGAACUUUGGUUGGUUGCCAAAGUCAAGUGUCUAUACAAGGACUGGGGAUAAAGGCACGUCCAGUCUUUAUAAUGGCGAGCGUCGCCCCAAGUAUGAUGAUACCUUUCACGCGUUAGGGACCGUAGACGAGUUGAAUUCUAGCAUAGGGAUCGCACAUCAUUAUUGUAAAGAGACUGGUAACGGGUUGGAUUCUAAAUUGGUGGAGAUCCAAUGCAAACUCAUUGAAUUAAUGUCAAAUAUCGCCACACCAAGAAAUUCGACGGAUGGGAGGAGACUGGAGUAUACUGUAUUUGAUCAAGAGAAUGUUCGGCUAUUAGAAUUAUGGAUUGAUGAAAUGGACGCGAAACUUCCUCCUCUGAAGCAUUUUAUUUUGCCGUCGGGUGGAGAAAGUGCUAUUUUCCUACAUCAAGCGCGUUCUGUCUGCAGACGAGCUGAAAGAAUUGUUUCUCCCCUGGUGGAAAGUGGUGUUGUAGACUCCGAGGUCGGCCAAUACUUGAACAGAUUGAGUGACUUUUUCUUUGUAGCAGCAAGGCAUGCCGCAAAGUUUGAAGGGCAAAUCGAGAAUUAUUAUGAACAGAGAAGGAAAGAUAAGCCAAGUAACCUGGUAACAAGAGAGUUAUAA